AUGGGGGCUGUGCAUGAGCCCUUCAUCUUCCCCGCAGACACCACUGGUGCUUGCUCGGCCUCGCGGGUGAUGUGGGGGGCACGGGGGACAGUCCUGUGUCCCCACCUUCUUGGGCUGCAGACAGGCCGCGUUGGUCCUGUGGUGACUGGGGGCUCCCAGGAGAACCCCACCGCAGAGCCGGAGAGGUGGCCCCAGAGAAGGUGGCGUACGCCUGGGGCCGGGCCUCACCAGCCAGCCCCGGGCCACCUGCAGCAACAGGCGUCGCGCCGUCCAGGGGCUGGGUGUUCGGGCGCCGCGGGGAUGAGCUGCUGUCUGCACGGCAGCCCAAGACCUGGCCCGGUCUCUGGGUUCCAGGAGAACUGCGCGAUCCUCGGGGAGCUGGUAAGGCUGCAGGCUCAGAAGUCUCACCUGCUGGGGUUCAGCACGCGUGCCGACUCCGUGCUGGAGAUGAACAUGGCCAAGACCAGCCAGGUGGUGGCCACUUUCCUAGAUGAGCUGGCCCAGAAGCUGAAGCCCCUCGGGGAGCAGGAGCCCGUGAUCCUGGAGCUAAAGAAGGCCGAGUGCCAGAGGCGGGGCCUGCACUUUGACGGGCCCAUCAACGUCUAGGACCUGCGCUACUACAUGAACCAGGGGGAGGAGACGCGCUACCACGUGGACCAGUACCUGCUCAAUGAGUCCCUCCCCAUGCAGGUGGUCACGCGCGGGCGGCGCAUCUCCCAGGAGCUGCUGGGGCUGACCUUCGACCUGGAGAAGGGCGCCAACGUGUGUCACGAAGACGUGAGGCUCUACACGGUCCGGGACGCAGCCGCGGGCAAGGUCAUCAUCGGCAAGUUCUACCUGGACCUCUACCCUCGGGAAGGGAAGUCCGGGCACAUGGCCUGCUUUGGCCUGCAGCCGGGCUGCCUGCAGCAGGAUGGGAGGCGCCAGAUUGCCAUCGCGGCCAUGGUGGCCAACUUCACCAAGCCUACGCCCAACCCGCCAUCCCUGUUGCAGCAUGAUGAGCUGGAGACCUACUUCCAUGAGUUCGGCCAAGCGAUGCACCAGCUCCGCUCCCAGGUGGGUGCGGGCGCGGGGCUACAGGCAGGGGGCGGGGAGGGCCCGGGCUCUCCCGUGGUCCUCAGGCAGUCAAGAGUUGCCUUUAAAAAGACAAACGACAAGAAAGGCACGUUGCCUGCGACUCUGGUGACAGCCGGUGAUGAGAACCGGAGGGUAGGCUCUGAGAGGGCCUGGAGCGCCGCGCCCUGUGAGGCCCUGGGGCUGCUGUCAGUCUCGGUGGAGGCUCAGCAAGUCCCAGUGACUUCCCCACGGGGGGGUCCCCAGCUCAACGUCUGGGCCCAGGACUCAGUGCUCGUUCAGUCUUCCUGCGGUCAGCCCUUCGUCCUGAGAGCGAUGCUCUCACAGGCUGCACCGGAGCGCCCGGUGAUGAGAACCAGAGGGAAGGCUCUGGGGCCGGGAGCGCCGCGCCCUGUGAAGCCCUGGCGCUGCUGCCAGUCUCGGUGGGGCACGAGCAGCGCCGUCCCCCAGGAGCUGCUGGACAAGCUCAUGAAGUCCCGGCUGGCCAACCCCGGCCUCUUCAACCUGUGCCAGAUCGUCCUGGCCAAGGUGGACCAGGCCCUGCACACGCAGACGCCCUCGGACCCGGCCCAGGAGAAUGCCCGCCUCUGCCAGGAGAUCCUCGGGGUCCCAGCCACGCCAGGGACCCACCUGCCUGCGACCUUCGGCCACCUGGCAGGAAGCUACGACGCCCAGUCCUAUGGCUACCUGUGCAGCGAGGUGUACUCUGCGGACACGUUCCACACACGUUUCAAGCAGGAGGGCGUCCUGAGUGGCAAGGUUGCCAUGGACUACAGAAGCUGCAUUCUGAGGCCAGGGGGCUCCGAGGAUGCCAAGGGCAUGGUGAAGCUCUUCCUGGGUUGCGACCCCACGCAGGACGCCUUCCUCCUGAGCAAAGGGCUGCAGGUUGAGGGCUGCAAGCCGCCGGCCUACUGA